AUGAAUCUUAAUGGCAAUGGUAUCGACGAUUUAGCUGUGCAAUCACUAGCUGAUACAUUGAAAAUUAAUCAUGUAAGAUUUGUUCUUGAAGAUUUAGCAAAUGAAAUCUUUUAUGAAAUGUUUGAAUAUCUUGAUAUGCAUGAUAUAUAUAAAGGAUUUUUCAAUCUUAAUAAACGAUUUGAAUAUUUAAUUAUUAAUUCAAAGUUUUUACAUCAAAUAAAUAUUUCAAACAUAUCAAAAAUUGAUUUCGAAAAUUAUUAUAUUAAUAUUCUUAUACCAUAUAGACAUCGAAUUAAUUUACUUCGUCUAUCAAAUCCAUUUGUUGCUGAGAUUAUAUUCUCACCACCACGUCUGAUUUUACAAUUUAUUUAUCUUGAAAAAUUAAUUCUUGAGAAAAUACAAAUGAAAUAUUUACGUAAAAUGUUUAAUUAUUUAAUGGAUUUACCAAAAUUUUAUUCAUUAACUAUUUCAAUUGAUGAUCAUAUUGAAUCAUUAGAUCUUCUUUUUAUUAAUCUAUUCAAUUUACUGACAUUAAAAUAUUGUAAAAUUGAACAUGAAACUAAAAAUUCUCAAUGUCCCAUAUCGAUUUAUUUGACUGAAUAUAGUUCAAGUUCAAUUCAAUCUUUGAUUAUUAAUGGUCGUUUUCCAUUCAAAUCAUUGAAUAAUGUAUUAUGUUGUCUUCCAAAACUUCGUCAUUUAUCAAUUAAUGCUCUUAUUCAUUGUCGAGACUAUUUCGAAAUCCAAGACUUAUUUCCUAUUAAAUUAAAAUAUUUAAAAUAUGUUGCACUUAAAUUUGAUUGCAUUCGUUUUGAUAAAGUUGAAAAAAUUCUAAAAGAUUUUUUUCAUAAUGUUCAAAUUUUACAUCUUACAACAAAAUAUGAUGAAGAAUAUUUAAAUGCUAAACGGUGGGAAGAUUUAAUUGUAUCUUAUAUGCCAUAUUUAUGUGUAUUUGAUAUAAAUCAUCAAAAUUCUAUACUAAAUAAUAAUUUAACAUAUCAUGAUUCGAUAAAGCAAUUCGAUUCGUCAUUUUGGAUUAAAAAAAAUUGGUUAUUUACACAUCAACAUGAUUGGACAAAACAUUUAGAUAUUGGAAUAUUUUAUUCCACAGAUCCAUAUCGACGAAAAGAUUAUGGAUUUCAUUGGGAAAUAGAUGAAGAAAAUUGUUCACAUUUUCAAGAAAUCAAUUUAAAUUCAGUUCAACAUGUAUCGAUUUAUAGUAGACAAAUAACAAAUAUUUAUCUGAAUUAUUUUCCAAAUGUUACUCAAUUAACUAUUAAACAUUAUUUUCAAACAUCGGAUGAUUCGAUUAUAACAACUCUUAAUCAUAUGAUUCCUUUAGUACAACUGAAGAAAUUAACUAUUGGAUCUUAUAAUUUUCCAUUUGAAGAAAUUAUUAAAUUGUUACGUUUUACACCGAAUUUAUAUGCAUUAAAAUUGAAUUUAUUAUCUAUGAAAGAAACAAAUCUACAAUUAAUUGAACAAAAUGAAAAUUUUCAAUAUGUAUCGAAAACAAAUAAAAUAAAACAUUUAGAUCUUCGUGAAUCUUGUACAUUGAAUCAAAUUCAAUUGAUUGUUAAAUUAUUUUCACAAUUAGAAUAUCUUAAAACUUGUAUGAAUCGAAAAGAAAUUGGACAAAUAACGAAAUAUUUAUUAUCAAGAAAUAAUAAUAAAACACAACAUUUAUUCUUCUUGUGUAUUUCAGAAACAUCGAAAAUAUGUUUGAAAGAAUUAAAUGUUUUAAUUAAAUCAGAAAAUUUACUUAAUCAUUAUUUUAUUAAAUUUAUUAAUCGUGAUUUAUAUUUAUGGUGGUAG